CUUUGGUAAUAGUAAUACAGUCAUGUACUUCCGGGAGUCCGGGAGGUAGGCCCACCAGAGAGUUUACAGUAAUACUAUUAGAUCUACUGUAAACCCUCUCUGGGCCUACUCUUGUCUACAUUCACCGAACUCCGGUGAAAGAUUUUAAGUCACCCACCAGCGAUAAAAUUAUGCCUGUUGCCUGUUGCAGCAAUGGUGGUAGAAGAACCAAAACAUAAAAGCGGCAAAUGUGAAAAUGCAGAAAUUGUAUCUCACGUUAAACUGUGAACGUGGGCGAAAUUCUAUAUUAUCCACCUAAUCGGAGAAUGAAUGCGUGCGGAGACAAGAUGUCUGGACCUUCAGACGCUCAUGCUGGAGGGAACAAGAGGAAGUUUCCUGGCCCUGCUGGCUUGUUAGUCUCAUCAUGUAUUAUGGAUACGCCCUCAAAGUCUCUAAGAUCUGACAUACAACAUGCCAGCUUCACAAGCAUGAGCACAGCUGAAGUGAGGUCACGAGAGAGAGAAAGUUUGUCUCAAGUGUCUUCGGAUCUUGUUUCUUGUCCUGCAUGGAAGGCAUUGCUCUACGAUCUGGGGACAGAUGCUCAAGCCACCAUUUCCAAAUUCGGUAUUAGGACAAUGUUGUUAAAGGCCCAGCGAAGACUCCUGCCCAAGGGGAAGAUUCCACUUAUUGUGGGCCUCGUUGACAGUCUGGACAUGCAGGGCCGUGAUGCGCAGGUGGUGAUCCGAGACUCCUCCGGGAAAAUGCACGGAUGUCUACAUCGAGAUUUGUUCAAAGAUUCUUUAGGUGCUAUUGAAGCUGGCUGUGUGGUUGUGCUGAGGCAGGUGAGUGUUAUCAACCCAUCCCCUCGCACGUUCUACCUAAACAUCACCCCUGGCAACGUGGUUUUUGUCUAUGCUCCUGACAGCGAAGGGGCCCGUGUUGAUAAGACCCUGUGGGAAGGUUCUCCUUUGAGAACGGUAGACUCAAAUGCUUCAGAUUCUGACAGCAGUAAGAAAUGUUCGCUUGUGGAGCUUGUUAGAGAAUGUGAGAAAGAACUGAGAGACUCACCCAGUCUUCCGCUCCGGUCUAGACAAUGUACGCCAGCCUCAUCCUCCUCCUCAUUCCAGUCUUCCCCAAUGUUCCACCCUCGAAACAAAGACAACCAUUCAUCUCCAUUCAGGUCUCCUAUGUUUCUGCCAAGAAAGGAAACACCCUCAUUGCUCAUGUCAAGUUCUCCAAAAUCACCUGCGGUUCCCUGCCCAAGAUUUCCUCUUGUGGCCAAAGAAGCAAGUGUUGCUGCAAAGUCUUUAUCCUCUCUGAUUACAUCUUCCGUUACUCCGUGGCACAGAACUGGUUCCCCUGUCACUGCUCCCCGUGGUGUUCCUUUGUCUGCGGGUCUGCCCAGCUGUGAUGCGGAUGUCUCGUCUUUCCUAGAGGACAAUGAUGAUGAGGAGCUACUGCUGCUUUGUGACAGCCCCGUCGUGGAUGCUGCUGCUGCUGCUGCUAUUACUACCACCACUGAAAAGAGCCACGUAGCUGCAGCCCGCGACAGUGCUGUUGUCUCUUCUUGUAGCUAUGGCUCUGGUUCAAGACUGGAUUCCUCUGCUCUAUCAUUGAUUUCGUGUGUGUCAAACUCGGUGAGAACGUCCAUCUCUACUGGCUUGGGUACAAUGUUGUCGACAGGUGCAGGCCGUGCUGACCUCAGGUUCCCUGUAAAGGAACCGCACAGAGAGGAGAUGACACUCAAGUCCCCCACCACCUGUGGUGCAGACAUCGUCACCAGUGCCUAUCCUCCCAAAGAGUUUCAACAGUCUUUAUCGCUACAUGGGAAAGCUUGUGGAGAGUUGUCUGCUCGUGGAGGCCCGGGCUCUAACGUGACUGGGCUCUUGAAGUCUUCGCUGCAGACAGCUGUGGGGGGAGACUCGGAGGACAUGAAGCGAGAUGGGAGGGUGGAGCUGGGAAAAGAUGUACAAUGGUCUGUGGCCCUCAAGACGUCUGCUCCUGCCGGUGAGGACUUCUGGGACAAUGAACUUUCGGAGGAACUAUUGUCUCAGCUGUCUGAAGACUUUUGAUGGAAGAUGAUGAGAAGAAAUGCUAGUGAGAAAAGGUUUUUUUAAACUCACUUUGUAUCCAUAUCCAGCCUCUGUUGAUGGAACGCCUCUCUUAACUGAGUCAAAACCACUGUUGGAUGGACACGUCUGAGUUAUUUUGCUCCAAAGCGUUUUGUAGCUAAUGCUUUGAGAAUUGCACUGUAUGCAAGUUUGUGGGAUUCGUGUGCUUCUUUUUGUAAAAAAAAUGGACUCAGACUGACAAAGUUAAUGUUCACCCAUAACAUGAGUGUUGGAUUCAUCUUUCAGCUUUGCAUUUAUAUAAAUAUAUUUACCUAAUGCUAGGGCCCUGUUCUGAAAAUCACCCCACGUCCC